GUUGUGAUGAAUGAUAUAUUAUUAUGGAAUUUGAAGAACAAUCAUUGUCGACUAUAUCGACUUUAUUGGCAACAUCGAUUGAUGAAUAUAUUUCUUCAUCAUCAUCAUCAUCACCGUCUAUUGAAGAAAAAUCAUCAUCAUCAUCAUCAUUAACGUUCCUAUCAACGGAUUCAUUAUCAAUAUAUCUGAAGAUUAUAAUCGGAAUUAUAUUAGUUAUCGUUAUAUUGAUUUCAAUAUUUGGUAACAUACUUGUUUGCGUUGCCAUAGCAUCGGAUAGAAGGCUUAGACGUCUUGGUAAUCUUUUUCUUGUUUCAUUGGCUAUUGCUGAUCUAUGUGUUGGUGCAUUAGUCAUGACAUUUGCACUUGCUAAUGACCUUAUGGAAUAUUGGCCAUUCUGGCCACAAUUAUGUGAAAUAUGGAUCGCAUUUGACAUCAGUUGCAGCACCUGUUCUAUUAUUAAUUUAUGCGCCAUUGCAUUAGAUAGAUUUGCUCAUAUUAAAGAUCCAAUGCUUUAUAAUCGUUGGAUGAAUAAACGUAUUGUUAUUGCUGCCGUAUCAAUCAUAUGGAUUCUUUCCGGUCUGAUUUCAUUUUUACCCAUUUCUUUGGGCUGGCAUAAACCUUUACCAUCAUCAUCAGCGACAACUAUUGUGAAUCGAAUGAAUAAUACAUCCAAUCUUAUUUCGCCAUCAACAAUGAUGACUAUCAUCGAAUUAAAUCGUGGCUAUGAUCAUCAUCGUCGAAUAGAUAAACGAUUCUCAUUUUCUCAAUCACCGGAAAUAAUUGAACAACAACGACAAAAACGAUCAAUUGAUCGCCAGCAGCCAGUAUCUGAAUUCGAUUAUCGCCCAUUAUUCUUUACAAUGUUUCGUCAGCAAAAUAUUUCAACAAUGGCUACGAUUGGUCGUGCUCCUUCAUUUUAUCUCCCCGUACCUAUUUUCGCUGAGAAUGAACAAAUUCAUUCGGAAACGGAAAGCAUAGAGGAUGAAAUAGAUAGAGAUGAUAAUCAACUCAAAGAACAACAAGUGAUUUUUGCUACACUACGCCAUUCAAGACAUUAUUCCACUGUUUAUUCAAAUCAAAUAAAUGAUCAAAUUCAUCAUUAUGAAAAACAAGAAAAAAAAUCCGAUAAAAUCGGCCAUAAAAAUUCAAUAUCAACAUCAUCAUCAUCCUCGAAUUGUAUAAAUGAUUGUGAUACGAAUGUUGAAUCAACAACGAUAAUACCACAAAUACAAGAUUUGCCACAAUGUGCAUUAGAUUUAACACCAACAUAUGCUGUGAUUAGUUCAUGUAUUAGUUUUUAUUUACCAUGUUUAAUAAUGUUGUGCCUAUAUGCUCGACUAUAUUCAAUAUGUAAACAACAUGUUAAGACCAUAAAAUCAAUGACAAAAAUGAUUGCACCAUGUCCACAGCCGGGAUUUAUUACCACUACUAAUACCGUUAUGACAGCUGAAAUACGUAAUCAACAACAACAACAAAAUCCAUUAUUAACUGAUUCAAUCAAAAUGACAAUCAAUCAUAAUAAUAAUCAAAUUGUUACAGAUGGACAAAAUAAACGUCAUUCAUCAACAACGACAAAUCCAGGGACUUUGAAUCAUCAUCAUUCGAAUCAAUUUCAACAUCAACAACAACAACAACAAAGUCAUGUAUCUGAACAUAAAGCUGCCAUUACGUUGGGUAUUAUAAUGGGAACAUUCUUGGCUUGUUGGAUGCCAUUCUUUUUCAUGAAUAUUGUUGCUGCAUUCUGUAAAACUUGUAUACCCGCAUCAGUGUUUAAAUUACUCACCUGGCUUGGUUAUUUCAAUAGUUGUCUUAAUCCGGCAAUUUACAGUAUAUUUAACACAGAAUUUCGUGAGGCAUUUCGAAGAAUUCUUGUACGUUAUGUUUUCAGUUCGGAUAUGUCACAAACAUGUAAUCGAAUUUGUCAGAAUUCAUGUUCAUCGAUGGGUAAAAAUCGACAAUCAUCAACAUUAAUGAGGACAAAAAUGGCAUCAAUAAAUGUUGAUCAAGAAGCUGGCGACUGUUUUAUAGACGAUAGAAUUGAUCGUCAUUCACUUCAAUUACAAUCGAAUCAAUAUGAACAACAAAUAUUGGGAAAGAAAGCUAAUUCUUCAUUGAUUCUCCACCAAUCAUUGGAUCAUAAUAGCCAUCAUACAUUAUCAAAUAACAAUGAUGAAAAACAAAACAUUGAAACACAACAAUCAUCAUCGUCUGAUAUGACAUUAAAAUCAAAUGGUCAUAGCCAAAGUUCAAAUGUGGAUACUAAACACAUUGAUGAUGAAGAUGAUAAUGAUGAAAAACUAGACAAUAAUAAUAUUAUUAAUCUACAGAAUAAAGUAGAUAAAUCAAGAAAAUCGAAUGAACAAUCAACAGUGAAACGACAAUCAAAUCGACAAUAUUAUCAUCAUCAUCAUCGACAACGAAAUUAUAAUAAUCAACAACUUUAUAAUUCAUAUUCAUUUGAUCAUUGUUAUUCGACAACAAAAUUAGAUAGAAAAAUUGAUACAACUCUUAUAGCCGAAUCACCACAUCAUCAUCAUCAUCGACAAAUGUCUUCCGAUCCAAAUAUUAAUUUGGCUUUAAAUCGAAAUUUGUACAAUCCAAAUCAAAACCACAAUCAUAAUCAUCAUAAUCAAUGUAAAUCUGAUACAUCUGCAACAUCAAUGAAGACGACGAUGAUCAAGCAACAGAAUUCUUCAUUUGAUGUUUGAUGAAUUGAAACGAAAAAAAGUGAAAAAAAUCAACUCGAUUCGGAAUUCUUGCCAAUUUUUUUUUUUGAUAAAAAAUGAGCUUUAAAUAUAACUAAACCAAUAUAAAAAAACAACAUGAAAACAAUUUCAUCUUUCAAUACAUCUUAUAUAGUUUCAUAUAAUUAUAAUAAUCAUAAUCAUAAUUUGCACAUACAAACAUCUGAUACUUUUAUUCCGAAUUCUUUUUUUUUUUUUUUUUUA